AGGAGAAAACUGCAGUCCGGGAUGGCUCAGUCGACCCGUCCAAAGUCGCGCAGCUGGUUUGGGCCAAGCCUCGACUGCCGGAGUGAGGCACAUGGCCCCUGCAGACCGGGCCUCGGAAGGUCCCAGGCUUGAGGACCCGUCAGCCUUCCACCCACUUGGAAAGGCAAGGAGAGAGGCCUGCGCUGUGCCCCCCCUGGCUUAGUCAUGGCGAAGCUGGAGACACUCCCUGUACGCGCUGACCCAGGGCGUGAUCCUCUUCUGGCCUUUGCCCCACGGCCCUCUGAGCUUGGACCCCCAGACCCCCGCCUGGCCAUGGGCAGUGUGGGCAGUGGGGUGUCUCAUGCCCAAGAAUUCGCCAUGAAGAGUGUGGGCACCCGCACAGGGGGUGGGGGCAGCCAGGGUAGUUUUCCUGGUCCCCGUGGCAGUGGGGCCAGCAGGGAGAGGCCAGGCCGCUACCCCUCAGAGGACAAGGCUCUUGCCAACUCCCUCUACCUCAAUGGCGAGCUGCAGGGCAGUGACCACACAGAUGUUUGUGGCAAUGUGGUGGGCAGCAGUGGGGGCAGCAGCAGCAGUGGUGGCAGUGACAAGGCCCCACCACAGUAUCGUGAACCCAGCCACCCACCCAAGCUCCUGGCCACCUCUGGCAAACUAGAUCAGUGCUCAGAGCCACUAGUUCGGCCAUCGGCCUUCAAGCCUGUUGUACCCAAGAAUUUCCACUCCAUGCAGAAUUUGUGUCCCCCUCAGACCAAUGGGACUCCUGAGGGACGGCAGGGCCCUGGUGGCCUCAAGGGCGGGCUGGACAAGUCUCGGACCAUGACCCCAGCAGGCGGGAGUGGGGGCGGCCUCUCAGACUCAGGCCGGAACUCACUCACAAGCCUGCCCACCUACAGCUCCAGCUACAGCCAGCACCUGGCACCCCUCAGUGCCUCCACCAGCCACAUCAACCGAAUCGGCACUGCCAGCUAUGGUAGUGGCAGUGGUGGCAGCAGUGGUGGGGGGUCGGGCUACCAGGACCUGGGGACUUCCGACAGUGGGCGGGCCUCCAGCAAGAGUGGGUCUUCAUCAUCCAUGGGGCGGCCAGGCCACCUGGGAUCUGGGGAAGGCGGAGGGGGAGGCCUGCCUUUUGCAGCCUGCUCACCGCCCUCGCCUAGUGCACUGAUCCAGGAGCUAGAGGAGCGGCUGUGGGAGAAGGAGCAGGAGGUAGCAGCUCUGCGGCGUAGCCUGGAGCAGAGUGAGGCGGCGGUGGCCCAGGUGUUGGAGGAGCGGCAGAAGGCAUGGGAGCGGGAGCUGGCCGAGCUGCGGCAGGGGUGCAGCGGGAAGCUGCAGCAGGUGGCCCGCCGUGCCCAGCGUGCCCAGCAGGGCCUGCAGCUGCAGGUGCUGAGGCUGCAGCAGGACAAGAAGCAACUGCAGGAGGAGGCAGCGCGGCUGAUGCGGCAGCGUGAAGAGCUGGAGGACAAGGUGGCCGCCUGCCAGAAGGAGCAGGCUGACUUCCUGCCCCGGAUGGAGGAAACUAAGUGGGAGGUGUGUCAGAAGGCCGGUGAGAUUUCCCUCCUGAAGCAGCAGCUGAAGGACUCGCAGGCCGACGUGUCGCAGAAGUUGAGUGAGAUAGUGGGGCUGCGCUCGCAGCUGCGGGAGGGCCGGGCCUCACUGCGGGAGAAGGAGGAGCAGCUGCUCAGCCUGAGGGACUCCUUCGGCAGCAAGCAGGCCAGCCUGGAGCUGGGCGAGGGCGAGCUGCCCGCUGCCUGCCUCAAGCCGGCGCUGACCCCCGUAGACCCCGCCGAGCCGCAGGAUGCACUGGCCACCUGCGAGAGCGACGAGGCCAAGAUGCGCCGCCAGGCCGGGGUGGCCGCCGCCGCCUCCUUGGCCUCGGUGGAUGGGGAGGCGGAGGCUGGGGGGGAGAGCGGGACGCGGGCCCUGCGGCGGGAGGUGGGGCGGCUGCAGGCCGAGCUGGCGGCCGAGCGGCGGGCCCGGGAGCGUCAGGGUGCCAGCUUCGCGGAGGAGCGCCGUGUGUGGCUGGAGGAGAAGGAGAAGGUCAUCGAGUACCAGAAGCAGCUGCAGCUGAGUUACGUGGAGAUGUACCAGCGCAACCAGCAACUGGAGCGGCGGCUGCGGGAGCGCGGGGCCGCGGGGGGCGCGAGCACGCCCACCCCCCAACAUGGCGAGGAGAAGAAAGCCUGGACCCCCUCUCGCCUCGAGCGCAUUGAGUCCACAGAAAUCUGACCCUCGACCCGGACACGCGGCCUUCUGACAAAUGUCCUGUCAAAAGGCCAGAAUCCCCAGUAUCCCCCACCCUCCAUCAUUCUCCCCAUGUGCCCCAUAUCCCCAGACCAAAGAGGUUCUCAAAGCAGCUGUGACCAGGCUCCUCCCUGCCCCCUCGGGCGCCCUCCCACCCCAGUACUGCCCCUGUGGGCAGCCCCCUCGGACCCUCCUUCCAAGGAGGGAAUGGAGGGAAGGCAGAGUGAGUGGGGAUGAGGGCCCAGGCAGCAGGAGAGUCAUGCUCCCCUUCUUGAUACCCCUUGUUGGAGAUGGAGGCAGCAGGCCUGCAGUGCCGUGAGGUGUCUAAGCCCCUCUGGGGGCCUGGGCUGCUAUUGUUGGCCACCUUGUGUCCAGUGAUGCUCUGUGUGCUCACCCCCUAGGCCAUGGAGCCUGGGAGGGCCUGCACAGGUCUGCUGAGGCUGACAGACCCUGGGCUCCUGGCUUCCCUCUUUCCUGCAGUAUUCUCCUCCCCCGGGCAGACUGGCAGGACAAGUGGGAGCAGAUGGCCUGCCUGUGGUUGAGAGGGCUACCUGCCCAGCCCCUCCCCUCAAAGGUCUCUUGGGCUCAGGCCUCAGAGCUUGGCUUGGUCCUGAGUGUGUGUUCAUAUAUGUGUAUUGGGGGAAGGGAAGGCUGGGGUUUGGAAGCUCAGCCACCCAGGGAAGAUCUGCUCUCCUGUUCUUGGGAAGGGUCACCUGGAGGCUUCUCAGCUCUAUCCUCACCCUUCUGGCCAGGAUCCUGCAGGGCAACAGCCCAUCUGCUUGGCUGACCCCACACCCAGGACCACUGUUCACUUAAUACAGCUAUUAAGUGCUACCUGCCUCUCAGGCACUCCCCUUGCCCAGUUGCUGAGGUCAGAUGAGUGUCUGUGAUGUCUUCCUAUGUCUUCCCCCACUUGAUUCCCCUAGUCUCCUGCUUUCAUGCUCAGAACAUCAUCCUUCCAGGCCGCCUCUUCUCCAAAGUCUCACCUUUUCUUCCAGUAGAAAAUUCUGCUUGACCUUUGGUGCACUGCCCAUUUCCCAGCUCCACUGGCCCAAGUCUGAGCCUGAGGCCCUUGUUUUGGGGGCAAGGAAAGGGUUGGAUGUGAUUGCACUUGAAGAUCAAGGCUGACCUGAGAGGAACACUGACCCCUCCGUUCUCAGGGCUCUGAGGUGGCCCAGCAUUUGCCCCCCAGAGUAGGCCUGGCAUGGCCAUCAAUAGGGGUUGGGACAGCUAAUGUCACUUCUUCCUCUCGGGGCCCUCUCAGAGUCCGUCUCCUCCAGACAGGAAGGGAAAAGCAAAUUUCUAAUUCACCAGCAAUAAAGAUUGGAGGAGGCUUGGCGCUCAGCCCUUGUAUUUCUCUCUUUUUCACUCUCUCUUCCACCCCCAACUCUGAGUUUGGGGGGCAGGGUGGAGAGAGCUGGCAACUACUGUGAGCAAGUCUCUCAGCCCCAGACCAGCCUCCUCACAUAACUGGUGACUGUUUAAUGAGCUGUGCAUCCCCCACAAAAACAGGAGUGCCCCUCUUUGUGGCCUCUAACCCUCAGCACAGCCCCUUCCAGGUGGUCCUCACCAGGUUUCUGAGCUAAGUGGGAGGCCAUCCUGACAACCACUGCCCAUUCCACUCACCCCUCACUGCACCUGCCCCAGAACCUGGGUUUGGGGCAGGGAAAAGAGAAGGUAUUAGUAGGAAAAGAAAAAUAGAAAAAAAUAUGAACCGACUCAGCUUUGGGACAUCCAACCACAAAAGAAAUUAUAUAUAAAUAUAUUUAAAUAUAUAUCUCUACCAUAUGUGAUGGAAAGACUUUUUGUUUUCCUUUCCCAAAGAAAUAAACUGGAGAAAGCCUCUUGAGUGGCA